AUGGCUGAAGCCUUUCAGGUCGCGGCGAGUGCAGCGUCAAUCGCCAACUUCGCGUUCAAGUUAUAUCAGACCUUGUCGGCAUUCGUGGUAAAAGCUCGAGAUGCGCAGUGCUCAGCGAAGCAGUUGGUCGACCGAGCUCAACGACUUCGGGAGACACUGCUUAUGGUCCGUGUGACUAUGUCGAACAGAAGCCGCCACUUUGACGACGAACAAGCAUCCGAAGCAGAACAGUAUAUCUGCAACAGGAUCAAUCAGGGCCUCAAGGCUUUCAGUCGUACCUUGAGACUAUUCAGACGCGAGAUCGAGAAACUGAAUGUGGGAGAGAGGGAGAGUUGGCUGGGUAAGACGGUCUGGCAGCUGAGGCGUGACAGUGCCGACCCAAAACUGACAGCCCUCCAAAGUGACAUUGCAGCUUUCACGGCUGAGCUCUCUCUUUCAUUGCAGUGCAUGAACCUCGCCGACGUGUCUGGGAGACAGAGCAGUAUCGAAGAGAAGCUCCGGGCCCUAGAUCGAAAACUCGAGGAUUGCAGGCACAGCGUAGAUGCUGCUAUAUCCCUGGAUGUCUCCGGCACCAUCGGAAGCUCCACAAGCUGCAAUAUACACACGCAAAGAGCGAUCCAUUCUAUAGCCGCGGCAGAGGCGGCUAGAAACUCCGUUGUGAAUGGCGGAGAGCCUACUAGAGAGUUGGCUCGUCUCAGCCGUAUCAUCACUGAGCGCGAAGACGAACAUUCAAGCCCAGGUACUGAAGCAUUGGUUGACACAGGAGAAGAUGAAGAAGAAGAAGAAAUAGAGGAGACUUCCGAGCAUGGGGAUCCAGCAACAACCCAAGCCGACGUUGUGGAAGCGGAUCCAGCAACAACCCAAGUCGACGUUGUGGAAGCGGAUCCAGAUCCCUCUUUCGAUGAUACCACACCACGCGAACCACUGGAGGAGCUGAUCAAGUCAUAUCAAGAGAGAGUCCAGCAAGGUCGAGUUGUUGGGGAUGAUGAUCUUGAGAAGGUCGAAGAGUUCCAGCGUAGAUUGAUCGAGCACGCUACAGAGUUCAACCAGGCGUAUGAACCAACACAUGACGUGGAACGCAUGUGGCUGGACUUAUCUCAUAUCCUUUCUGCCCGUGCUAGGCUCGAGGAAGCACAUGACAUCCUCAACACUCGGUUUCCGUCGAAUCCUCAAGGCCGAGUGGGUUUGACAUCUGAUGCACUGCUCCAGACAGAAUCAGAACCACGAACUCCGACCGACGCGCAUACACGAUUAUUACAGUCCGACUUCUACUACGCCCUGGCCGACCUACAACUCCAGCAAUAUGAGGCAACACAAGAUUCGGUGUUUCUGCAUGCUGCCACAAAAUGGGCAAAAAGAUGUUUCAGGCUGAGACUCGAUCUGCGAGACGCUGGUAUAAGAGAGUUUCGAGAAUCGGUGUGUCUGUUUGUUUUGGCCUUGAAAUUACAGCAACUUCCUGUCGCGGUCGACGUCUACACUCGUCUAUAUCUGCAAGACGUUGCAGCGCCGUCACCCCCAACUCCGCCUCCUACUCCCGUGGCUGAACCGCCUGCACUGGCUCCAGCGAGGUCCGUCCGGAGUCUGUCUUCCAAUGAGCUAGCUCCAGAGUGGUUUGAUAUCAAUGAACCUGACGGCGAGGGCUCCACAUGGCUAAUCAGAGCUGUUAAGAGAGGCGAUGUAGAGAAGGUGGACCUCUACCAUCGGCAUGGUGCGGACCUCGAAGUGCGCGACAAGGCGGGCAAGAACGCUUUGAUUCAUGCAGUGGAGAACGAUGAGUACCCGCACCUCGUGGUGAUAAAGCUUUUGGAACGUGGCGCCGACGUCGAGAGCACCUAUAAGGAUCUGACUGCACUCCAUUACGCCAUCUACCUCGACAAACCGACCGUGGUGAGACUUCUUCUUUCUAAGGGCGCCAAGAUCAAAAGCACCGUACAGGCUGGCGAAACAACAAGCACAGAGCCUGGGGAGCUUGGCUUGAAGGGGAAGACUACGCUGAUCUACGCGGUUAUGAGGAUGAACGCAUCACCAACCCCUGAAGUUCGGCGUUCGGAGUCAUCGCUCGAGGGUCAUGAUGCGAUCAUCUCCACCCUUUGUGAAAGACUGCAACAGGAACAGAAGGACGCGCCAGAUUCAGACAACUUGACGGCACUGCACCAUGCCGUGCACACGAAGAGGAUUGAGGCGGUCAAGACACUGCUAGACCAGGAUGUGAAUCCCAACGUGAAAGACAGACAGGGUAAAACGCCCCUGCACUACGCGGCCGAGAGGAAUCUGAAGAACAUUUUGAAACUCAUACUGGAUGCCUCCACGACCGAGAUCAACUUAACAAACAACGCCGGACGGACUCCCUUAUUUGUAGCAGCCAGGUGGAAUGAAUUUGAGAUAGUAGAGCUGCUGCUAGCUCAUGGCGCCGGGUUUGACUCCAACGCAUCGCUCGAUCGACGCCUCCGCCCGCCAGACAUGAACAGGAAUACAGAGAAGCUGCUGGAAAGCACGAAGACUAGUCGGCAUGGGAGAUCGGAUUCGAUGAGCACAGCCUCCUCAUCGCGGUCGCGACGCAGCUUGUCGUGGACGAAUCGCUCCCGGUAA